AUGCGUUUCUCUCGCGCGGCGCACUUCUACAUUCAGGCAGCGGCCCUGCUGGCCCUUACGCGCCACGCGUCGGCACAGGACGACGGAUUCGACUGCCGCUUCUCCUACGGCGACCUCCAAUAUGAUCUUACACCGCUGGCGGGCGAGCACAGGAUCAUGCGGGAGAGAAAGAGCCCACCUACAACCAUGCGUGACGUGGUGAAGUUCAAUCUGUGUGCGGACCUCGACAUCGAAGACGGCACGGAUGCACGGGACCAGUGUCCAGCAGGGACACGGGCAUGUCUGAUUACAAUAAACGAAAAGGACGACGAGGACGACCGUACGGUGGCAGUCAUCCCUCUGGCCACGUCCAGCAGUGCUGCGGUGCACGUCCAGCGACGAGCUGUUGCUGAUGGCGAGUUCGCGCUAGCGCCGAAGGGCAUCAUACUGACCUUCCAGGGCCCUACGUACCCCGACUCGAGCGACGAUUCCUGGGCACAAACCUUCAAUCUGAGACUUACGUGCUCAACUGAAAGCUCCGGACUUACGUUCUCCGACUACGAUGGCUCAGACAUGUGGGCGGAAUGGAGUGCGCCCUCUGGCUGCGGCUUUGGCGCAGCCCCUCCCGAUUCAGGAUCGGACAAGCCUAAUGACGAUGCGGAGGAGGGGGAUGGUAGUAGCGGGAGCCAUAUGGGCUCGGGAUUGGGAUACUUCUUCCUCCUGCUGCUGCUCGCGUUCGUUGCUUACUUCGGCCUGGGCGCAUACUACAACUACUCUACAUAUGGCGCGACAGGCUUGGACUUGAUACCCCAUCGCGACUUCUGGAGGGAAGUCCCGUACAUGUUCAAGGACGUCGUUUCACAUCUAUGCUCCGCUGUUCGGCCGCGGCACACGAACCGUGGUGGCUAUAUCGCAGUAUGACAGCCGUAUGCUCUUUCUGGAGGACGUGCUUUGGUGGAGGUUCAUCGCUUUCUCAUGUCCCUACAUAUAUCCGGUAUGCUCAUUGUAAUUUGUGCUGUCGUUGAACUUCCCGCACGCUGCUCAUAGGUCCUUGGAACUAAUAUGGCUGUGGGAUUUCCUGGCUCGCUGUGACCUCGCUGUGUUCCGAUCUCUCGAGCGCCAC